AACGAGGUUUAGUACGAUGCACAGACUGACAUGCAAAACAGCAUUAAUUGCCCGUUUGCAUAAUCCUACACUUUUGUUGCUUGCCUUUUUCACUUUUUUCCAGAAAAUAAUGGUGCAAAAAGGAGUUAAUUAAAUUCAUAAAUUUUUUAUAUGAAAAUUAUAUUUUUUUAUGAUGAUCGCAAUCACUACUUGUGACCUUAUAUCGCUUGUUAUAUACGUAUAUAUACAUAUGUACGCAAACUUGAGUAUAUUAAAGAAUUCAGUUCUCGAUACCAGAAAAGUCUUUUGUUUCCAUUCGAGUAUAUUAUUUGCUCCUAUAAUCUCCGGCCCCGGGAAUGGAUUUGAUUUACUAAAAUUCCAUCUUUUUAUGCUGUAAACAAGCGGGUUUAAUUUAGUUCUUGAAAGAAGCAUGCAUUCGAUUCCAGUAUCUAUUGUAGUUGUUCUGAGUUUGAGCUUGCAGCUAGUUCAUGGGAUUCCGAGCACCCUAGACGGGCCCUCCGAGCCGGUGACUGUGGCAUUGGAUCAAACAUUUAGAGGGCAUGCAAUCGACUUGCCAGACACUGACCCCAGAGUUCAGAGGAGUGUUAAAGGAUGGGAGCCUGAGCAGAUCUCUGUUUCACUUUCUUCUGCUCAUCAUUCUGUUUGGAUUUCUUGGAUCACUGGGGAAUUUCAAAUUGGUGAUAACAUCAAACCAUAUGAUCCAAGUAGUGUUGCCAGUGUUGUUCAAUAUGGGAAAGUUAAAUGCAAAUUGGAUUGCAGUGCAAUAGGUGAAUCCCUUAUUUACAGCCAACUUUAUCCCUUUGUUGGCCUUCAGAACUACACCUCUGGAAUUAUACACCAUGUCCAACUCACAGCGUUGGAACCAGACACAUUAUACUAUUAUCGGUGUGGAGAUCCUUCAUUAAAGGCAAUGAGUAAAAUCUAUCAUUUCAAGACUAUGCCGAUUUCUAGUCCCGAGAGCUAUCCGAAAAGAAUAGCUAUUGUAGGAGACCUCGGUCUUACAUACAAUACCACUUCAACUAUCGGCCACUUGAGGAGCAACGACCCUGAUCUUGUAGUACUGGUUGGAGAUGUCACCUAUGCUAACUUGUAUCUGACCAAUGGAACUGGCUCGGAUUGCUAUUCUUGCUCAUUUGCAGAUACUCCCAUACAUGAGACAUACCAGCCACGCUGGGAUUAUUGGGGAAGAUAUAUGCAGCCUCUGGUGUCUAAAGUUCCGAUCAUGGUAGUGGAAGGAAACCACGAGAUUGAAGAACAGGCGGAGAACAAAACGUUUGCUGCUUAUAGUUCUCGCUUUGCCUUCCCCUCCAAAGAAAGUGGAUCUUCGUCCCCGUUCUAUUAUUCCUUUAAUGCCGGAGGCAUACAUUUUAUAAUGCUUGGUGGUUAUGCUGCUUACAAUAAAACAUCUGAUCAAUACAAGUGGUUGGAGAGAGAUCUGGCUAAUGUUGACCGGAAAGUUACGCCUUGGCUUGUCGCCACAUGGCAUCCGCCUUGGUACUCUUCUUACACUGCACAUUACCGAGAAGCUGAAUGUAUGAAGGUAGCAAUGGAAGAGCUGUUGUACAAAGCCGGUGUUGAUUUAGUCUUUAAUGGACAUGUUCAUGCGUAUGAAAGAUCAAACAGAGUAUUUAACUACACAUUAGAUCCUUGUGGACCUGUUUACAUAACAAUUGGCGAUGGUGGCAACAGAGAAAAGAUGGCGAUUUCGCAUGCCGAUGAGCCUGGUAAUUGUCCCGAACCAUCUAGUACACCGGAUGAAUUUAUGGGUGGAUUUUGCGCCUAUAACUUCACAUCAGGUCCAGCAGCCGGUAAGUUCUGCUGGAAUCGACAGCCCGAAUAUAGUGCCUUCAGAGAAAGCAGCUUUGGCCAUGGAAUAUUAGAGGUGAAGAACGAGACACACGCUCUUUGGACAUGGCAUCGGAAUCAAGACGUGUAUAAUGAAGCUGGCGAUCAGAUUUACAUCGUGAGACAACCUGAAAAAUGUUUGGUUGAACCGAAGAGAAAUCCCAGAGUUUGCAGUUGAGGCAUCAUCAAUGGAGUGUCCUGGCAAGUUAUACAAAGAAGAUGCAAAUGUAGUAUAGAAAUUGAAGUUUG